AUGUCACAAAGACAGGCAAUAAGGAGGUCGGUGGACACUUUGUUUGCACAGCACGACAGCGUGCGGUGGCACUCGGAGCAGAAGCUUCUGAAGCGCUCCAAACGCAGCCUGCACUUUAACGAUCCCAAAUACCCCCAGCAGUGGCAUCUGAACAACCGCAAGAGCCCCGGGAAGGACAUCAACGUCACGGGCGUCUGGGAGCGGAACGUGACGGGGCGCGGGGUGACGGUGGUGGUGGUGGAUGAUGGGGUGGAGCACACCAUCAAAGACAUCCAGCCAAAUUAUAGCCCGGAAGGCAGCUAUGACUUGAACUCCAACGACCCCGACCCUAUGCCUCACCCUGACGAGGAGAACGGCAACCACCAUGGCACCCGCUGUGCCGGGGAGAUCGCGGCCGUGCCCAACAACAGCUUCUGCACGGUGGGAGUUGCCUACGGGAGCCGCAUCGCAGGCAUCCGCGUGCUGGACGGGCCCCUCACCGACAGCAUGGAGGCCAUCGCCUUCAACAAGCACUAUCAGAUCAACGACAUCUACAGCUGCAGCUGGGGUCCAGAUGAUGAUGGGAAAACCGUGGAUGGCCCCCAUCAACUGGGAAAGGCCGCCCUGCAGCACGGCGUGAUCGCGGGUCGCAGGGGCUUCGGGAGCAUUUUCGUCGUGGCCAGCGGCAACGGCGGGCAGCACAGCGACAACUGCAACUACGACGGCUACGCCAACUCCAUCUACACUGUCACCAUAGGCGCGGUGGACGAGACGGGCUCCAUGCCAUUCUACGCUGAGGAGUGUGCCUCCAUGUUAGCCGUGACCUUCAGCGGCGGGGACAAGAUGAUGAGGAGCAUUGUGAGUACCACGCCAGGCACUUGCCUUGCCCUGUGCUCCAGGAACGUCUGGGGAGCUCCUCCAGCCCAGCCCCGGCCCGGCCGGCACAAAACAAGCUUUAUCCCAGCUCUGUGUGCCCCUCCGCAGCGAGGAGGGAGCUUGGGGCGCGACUCCGUGCCAGUGUGGGCUUUCCUGAGGAGACGGGGGGGGCUGCGGGGGCGUCGUGCCAGGAGUCCUCUGGAAAAGGCCCCACCCCGCUCUGCCAGGAACCAGCGACGCACGCAGCGCAUCGGGGGGUCGCAGCACGCACACACCUGCGAUGCGGCUCCCGUAGGCAACUCCCACCGUGCAGAAGCUGUUGUUGGGCACGGCCGCGAUCUCCCCGGCACAGCGGGUGCCAUGGUGGUUGCCGUUCUCCUCGUCAGGCUCCAGCACAGCUGCUCUGCGGAGCGCAGCAGUGGGAGCGGGCGGGAGCUGCCCCCUUCGGCCUGGGGACGGGGCCGUGCCCGGCUGGUGCCGGGGUCCUACGGCCCGAGAAGCCGAGAGGGUUUGAUUCCCCGUUGCCUCGGGCUGUUUCUGAUCUCCUUCCCCUCAGGCCCAGUUCCCUUUGCUGGCGGGGCUGCCGGUGGCCCCGCCGUAACGAAGCUGUCCUGCCUUUCUUUUCAGUAUGAGGAUCGUCGCGCCAAGUGGGACACCAACCAGGCCGGCUUCCGCCACAGCCACCAGCACGGCUUCGGCCUGCUGAACGCCUGGAGGCUGGUGAACGCCGCCAAGAUCUGGGAGUCCGUCCCGUACCUCGCCUCGUACGUGAGCCCUGCCCUGAAGGAGGGCCGCAGCAUCCCCUUGCUUCCGCGGGAGCUGGAGGUCUCCUGGAACGGUAAGAGCCGCCGUCCCUCGUGGCGACGAAGCUGGCAACCCUCCCGCAGAGCUCACACCGUGACAACGCCAGGGUUCCCAGCCUCAGGGGCCGUCGGUCACCCGGAGCAGGAGCUGCAGCUUGUGACGGGGCGCGGGGACGUUGGUACCGGGUCCCCCAAAGCCCAGCAGCGGGAGCAGGGCAGGUCCCUGCGAGGCAGCGACAAGCGGAGCUCAAGCCAGAGCGGGGAGGAAGCCGUCCUCGCUUUCUUGACGCGGUGCCAGCAGUACCAGCGGCGGUUACGGGGGCAGAGGGGGGGCCGUGAGCGCUGGACUGAGCGGAGCGUGGAGCCUUAG